AUGGCAUCAAAAAUGAGAAAUUUGCAGCUGGAAGUUUCGGAGAGGAGGCUGAAGGAGUCGCAGUCUCAGCUCGCCCGCCUCCGAUCACGGCGAUUCCGCCGCCGCUUGAGGAAUACCGACCUCCUACAAGGGCGCCGCCGGCCACCGGCCUCCGUGAAGAGAGAGCCUGAGAGUAGACCAUCGCCGCCGCAGCCGAAGGCGAAGAAGAAGCCAAAAAGGGUUCUUGAGAAGAGAGAGCAUGAGGAUUUGAUCCCGAGCAUUUGCAGUAGCUCGUCGCCUUGCACCAUUAGGAUCCAGGGCAGUACUCAAGGUUAUGGUACCAACAGCUAUUGUGAUUCUUGUGGACAGAAUUUAAGACCAACAAAUGGAGAAUUACAUGUCAAUGGUGUGACUGUUGAUGAUACACAAGAAUCGCCAACAACCACUCAUCAGCCAUUUUCGAGUAGUGUAACCAAGAGAGUAACAAUUCAUGGACAUCAUCCCGAUGAAGAUGAUACCACAGAAGGCCCUGCAAUGGGGAAACUUGUCCCUCUAUCUGAUUCGAUCGAAGAUCUCUUCAAAUUAGCUGGGAGUUGCUGGCUUUCUUGGUUCGUAGAUGAAGAUUAAGUGAGUGAGGAAAUUGUGUCUUCUACGUGCGUUUGUUAUGUUGUUAUGUUGUUUUGCUUGUAAGGUGGAUUGAUUGCCCCAUAUAUGUAUAUGUAAUGUGUGUCCCAGUCUUUUUUUGUAAACUGUUAUGUACUCAAUGAUGUUUCGAAGCUGAUGUUUGUUUGUAAGAUGGGUUGAUUUGUAUAACUGAAGCUAAUAGUGAAGCCCUUUGAUUGUAGCUGAACGUGAACAUGAUUUGAUUAGAAGCUGAUGUUUGUAAA